UGCGAAACACUACUGCUCGCAUAUGACUUCCUGUCUACUUUGAGAUGCAGAAUUUUAGACAUUCUUCGAUUGUCAAACAUAGGAGCAGAGUAGUUAACUGGAAACAGGCGGUGUGAUGAAAAGUAUAGCGCUGAUAAAAAAGAAUCGAAGUCUCCAUGCUUACAAAAUGGGACGAAAGUGUAUUUUCAAUCGCUAGCAGACUUUAGCUAAUUUCCUCGGCUACCCUGGCGUUUGGAGACCCCUGGUCGCUAGAAGCUAGCCACCCUGCAGUAGCUAGCUAGCUAGCUCGUAAGCUAAUUUGAAGUGCAGUUGAUGCUUUAAAAGUGAUUUUGUAGAAGAACCAUAUGAAUUCCAUUUCGGCAGUGGUGGUGGAGCUUAUCGUUUCAGAAGAGAGUUAUCACGAAGCUGCCAAUAUCUUGGAGCGAUGGAGGAAGUUGACAGAAUUUUGAUUCAUUCGCUCAGGCAGGUUGGCACGGAUGUGGGAGAGGAUGUGGAGAGUGUAAAGCAGUUCACCAGCGAGCUGAUCGUGGAGGCUGUGGUGCGAUGCCUGCGUGUCAUCGAUGCUGCGCUGGGCAGCGGCCUCUCCCAUCUGCUGCCCCCUGGGAUGUCUGCCCGCUUCCGUCUGGGCAUGAGUCUAGCCCAGGCCUGUCAGGACCUGGGCUAUAAGGGGGAGAUUGGCUACCAGACGUUCCUCUACAGCAAUGAACCAGAGAUCCGGUCCUUGCUUAUGUUCCUGGUGGAGAAGCUUCCUAGAGAAAGUGCAGAGGCCUCCGAUCAGCCUGCAGGUAAGUCAGUGCUCUUGCAGAAGGCCAUUGCUGAUCAGAUCAAAGCGCAGCUGGCUGUUCCAUGGCUCCCCCCUACCUGUCGACUGCCUCUCCAGUGCAGAACACAGAGCCGGGGUCCAUGUCACAGGUUUUCCUCACAGCCUCUGAGUGUACCUUAUUCUCUCAAAGUACCACAGAACAAGCAGCCCAAAGAGGUCAAGGAGUACUACAGGGACUUCUUGCUGGUGGUGACUGCCCAGCCUUCCAAGCGUAUCUCAGUGCCUGCCUCCCUGUUGGAGCACCAUGCCUCCGAGCUCAGUGCCGCCCAGGAGUGGGAGUCGGAGUGGAACAGCCAAGGCCUCUUGUCCCGACUCACACCCAAGGAAUAUCGCUCCAGGAAGCGAUCCCGUCUGCAGCGGCGGAUUGAGGAGCAGCUCCAAGCGGCCGCACAGCCACGACCCGACUCCCAGGGUGCUCAGCGGUCCACCUCUGACCUCGCUGAGCUGCUGCAGUCGUUCGGCGGGGCAGCAGCGGGAGGAGACGUUCUCAAUAAGGGCACGCGCUUCACCCACACGGAGAAAUUCACCUUCACACAGGAGCCAGAGAAGAGUGCCCAGCAGAUGGCAGCAGCGGUCAGCUCCCUGCCCAGCUCGCACCAGUCGGAGGAGGACUUGCGGGUGCAGCAGCAGGAGGAGAUCUCCACCCUCCAGCAGCAACUUCACCAGCUCUCCGUCCAGAUGGAGGAAGUGGGCGGUGACAUGAGGCAGUUAACCACGUCCAUCAAUCAGGUGUCAGAAGAGCUGAAAGAACUAGAGAAGAGCAAAGCUGAGAAGGAAGAAUCAAUCAAAGUGAAGAAACAGUCGAUUGAUCUCCUGCCAGAGGGUCAGUGCAAUCUAGACAAGUUGCAGAACCUUGUGGAGGCUAGUGUUAAGAGGCUGGACAGUCUCAAGGCCCAGUGGGAAAAGCACAAAGCCCCGCUCCUCGAGGAACAACACAGGCUGAAGGAGCUCUGCAGCAAUCAAGAGGUUGAAACUUCUAGAAUGUUGGAUGAAAUCAAGGAGCUUCAUGACAAAAUCCGUCAGUCUGCGGAGGAGGCAAAGAAGAAGGAGGCACUUUACAAACAGUUGUUAACAGAGUUUGAAAAAUUGCCAAAAGAUGUCUCGAGGUCUGCAUACACUAUGAGAAUUCUGGAGAUUGUCGGCAACAUUAAGAAACAAAAAGAGGAGAUCACUAAGAUUUUGUCAGACACUAAGGAGUUGCAGAAAGAGAUUAACAGCCUGACCGGGAAGCUGGACCGCACGUUUGCCGUGACUGAUGAGUUGGUCUUUAAGGAUGCUAAGAAAGAUGAAUCUGUCCGCAAGUCUUACAAAUAUUUGGCAGCCUUACAUGAGAACUGUACACAACUCAUCCAGACGAUUGAGGACACAGGCACCAUCAUGAGAGAGAUCAGAGAUCUGGAGGAACAGAUUGAGACGGAGAACAGCAAGAAGACCAUCACCAACCUGGAGAAGAUCCUGGAAGACUACAAGGCCAUUCGGCAAGAGAACUCCACUCUUGCAUCCAAAAUAAAGGAGGCCUGAUCUCCAUGGAGACCCACCACAGUGCCCUUUGAGGAGGCUGCCAAACGAAGAAGUGAGACCGCUGCGAAGGCGUGUGCCGCGGGGGGACACCGCCACGAGAGGAGCGGAGAGGAGAGAAGAGAAGCAUUCACUAUCUGCACUUAACCAGCCACCCCUCAUCAACCUCAUUGCUUCUCCUGUCCAAGCACAUACUGUACAUACUGUGCUUUUGGCCACAGUGUGUGCAUGAAGGAGAUUUAUUUUGUACUGAAAGAACUGUUCUUGUUUUUUUUUUAAGGGCACAAACUUGAUCCUGGCGAUUUGAAUGAGUUGUUUAUGCCAUUGGGUGAAAGACCUGACCGCUUUUACAUACAUAAAGAACGACCGCUUUUACAUCACACAGUAAUCAUUUGAUUGUCUAGAUAUGUUACGACCAUUGAUUCCCCCCCAUAUUUAUCAAAUCGGCUCAUUAACAGCAAGAAUGGAAAAAUGAACUAAAACAUAAGAGAUGCUAUAAAACAAUAUCAGCAGACUCUGAUCAAAUUUAUAAUGAUUUAGCUUGAAUGCAAAAAAUUAAAUAAAAAAAUCUUCAUGGGGGCCUUUUGUAGGUAGUGGUUGGAUCUAUAUGUUUUUUUGAGUAAUUAGCGUUUUGACCGUCAACACGCAGAGCUCUCAACUGCCACACAGUCUGCUGACAGUUCUCAAUUCCUUAGACUGGAAAGGUACAAUGUGAAGACUCAUGGUGCAAUUAAUUCUACGCAGUCUUUGUACUCUGAACUGGUCAAAUGCUGAAUAGACUAGAGUUUGAAUGACUGGGAAAGCUUGUUACUCUUGUUUUGUAACCUUCAUGUUGAGCGACUCAGUCUGCCUCAGUUCAAGGACCGACUACCAAUGGGAAGAACAUUCAGGUCGAGAGUUGCUGGAGACUGUGCCAAGAUCCACUUAGUGUAGGCACUUCCAAAAUUGUGAAAAUGGAAGAUAAUUCUAGAACUCUGUUUCACUGUUUAAUACCAGAAAGCCCAUAAAAUACACAUUUGCUUCUCAUCUCCAUGUGUCCAUCUGAUAAUUAAACAGUGGCCCAAGCAACAGGAGGCUCAGUGAAAUAUA